AUGACCAAUGAUGCAAGCGUCCAUGAUUUUGUUUGGGAAAAUGAUAACGAUUUUGAGAGUAUAACUUCAAGCAUGAUGAGUUCAGAAAUAUCCAUUAGACAUGUUCCUAGUUAUUCUUGGCAACUGGACAAUGCAAUAAGAAGCAUUCCUGUGGAUAGUCAUACACAUGUCCAUGGUUUUGCUUCGAUAGUGGACAAUCACAUAAGGAGUACAGAAGGUUUGGGAACAUCAACUGUGCAUGGUUUUGCUUGGCGAGUGGAUAAUGAUAUCAAGAGCAAUACAAUUGCUAGGGUAUCACCAAAAGUGAAAGCAAGUGUGCGAAAACGCCAUGCUCGUGAUGUUGACACUUUUAAACUGUUCACCCUGGCUGAGCUUGAAGAUGCCACCAACAACUUCUCGCUUGAGAACAAGGUUGAUGGUGAUGUGUACAGAGGAAAACUCGUUGAUGGUCGUGAGGUGGCCAUAAAGAUGAAAAGUUUUCACCAGAAAGAGGAUGCAUUGGUGUCUGAAUUGACAUCCUUGUCCCGUGUGCAUCAUAAACACUUGGUUAAGCUUGUUGGGUUCUAUAAAGAGAAAGACAAAGGGCUCUUGGUGUAUGAUUACAUGAAGAAUGGGUCACUGCAGGAUCAUUUACAUGACAAGAACAACGUGGAGAAGAGUAGCAGUGUGUUGAAUUCAUCAUGGAGAAUAAGGAUCAAAGUUGCAUUGGAUGCUGCCCGAGGAAUGGUACAUCUGCAUGGUUCUGCAUAUCCAUCUAAUAUUCAUGGAUAUAUAAAGUCCUCCAACAUCCUUUUUGAUGGGACUGGGACAGCAAGAGUAUCUGAUUAUGGAUUAACAAUGAAAUCAGGAUACACUGAUCAUGAGUACAUUGAUCAAAAUGAGUUGAAAAAACCGAGAGAUGAUGAAUAUGGGUUUGGAGUUGUACUGCUACAGCUUCUAACAGGAAAGAGAGCUAUGUUCAAGCAUGGUGAAGAUGGAGGCACCCCAUUAAGUGUUGUAGACUUUGCUGUGCCUGCUAUUUUGAAUGGAGAUUUAUUGAAAAUUUUGGAUCCAAGGGUUGGACCCCCGAAUGCAAAUGAAAAAGAAGCAGUGGUGUUAGUGGCCAACACCGCAAUCAGUUGUGUGGAUUUGGAAGGUAAAUAUCAACAAGACAACCGAAAGAUGGUUCAUAUUAUGACCAACUUGGAGCGUGCAUUUCUCAUAUGUGAUAGCAGCGAUGACAUAAUCUCAAUUGGUACAACUCAUGACGCAGCAGAUCACUCAAACUGGGAAGAGGAGUUUCCUGAUCUGGAUGAGCCUGUAGCAGCCACCAACAAUUUCUUACUUGAAAAUUAA